UAUAUCUGCUGAAACCAGCCCUGAUGCAAUACAUUGAAAACCUCCCUGUUUUUCUCAGCCCAUAGAUAAAAUGUGCCUUCAGUAGUGACUUGCAACAGGAACCUCAUCUGUUGCAAACACUUUGAGCCUUCCUUAUUUCUCAGAGAGGAAGUAUGUGGCCUGUUUGGCAAAUGCUGCUCUACAUGACAGCGUGAACUUCACAACACUCUCAUUCGACCGGCUGCUCCUCCACUUGAUCAGCUAAACCUUGCUGGCAGCCUGAGAGCAGUGCUAUGACUACGGCUUUUCUCAGGAACACUGCAACCUGGAAUGCCAUGCCCAGCAUUUAAAGUUCCGAAGAACUCUGACGGAAUUAGCAAGCACAAUGGGAAACACUGUGAAAGCUCCAAGAGCAUCUGAGGAAACAAACACGCUGAGCCAAACGGGUCAGGAGAGUGACUUCCUUGCUGUUCUCUAUGACUAUCCUUCAGCAGACAUAAGCCAACCUAUAUUUCAUGUAGGGGAAAAGCUACGUGUGCUAUCAGAUGAAGGAGGCUGGUGGAGAGUCCAUUCCCUUACAACAGGUCGAGAAAAUUAUAUCCCAGGAAAAUAUGUAGCAAAGGUUUAUCAUGGCUGGUUAUUUGAAGGGCUGGGAAGAGAAAAAGCAGAGGAACUUCUACAGCUGCCCAACACCAAGGUCGGCUCUUUCAUGAUCAGAGAAAGUGAAACUAGGAAAGGGUUGUAUUCCUUGUCAGUGAGGCACAGGCAGGUGAAACAUUACAGGAUCUUCCGCCUCCCCAAUAACUGGUAUUACAUCUCUCCACGACAAACCUUCCAGUGCCUUGAAGACCUUGUCAAUCACUACUCAGAAGUUGCUGAUGGUCUCUGCUGUGUCCUUACAACACCCUGUCUCACCCAGUGCACUAACAACAACACCGAGAUGAAUCCAGUUCCUCCUGUGGUGAUGAGGAAUAAAAAUUUCAACUGGAGAAACAUUCACAGGCUGGAGGUGACUGAAGAUACCAAGAGCACCCUGGCAGCAAUAGAUGACUCUUGCCUCAGCUAUGGCCUGAGGGAAAGCAUUGCUUCCUACCUCUCCCUAACUGAGGAUGACAACGCUUCUUUUGCAAGUGCCAGAAAGAAGAAAUCCCAAUCUCUCAUAUACACAGGGAACAAACAUAAGAGUGCCCUUCCCUUGCCACCUAGAUACUAUGACAACUAAAUACAAGACAAACAGGAAAGAGCCACAGACUGACGAGUUAGGACAGAAACCAGAGCAUCCUGUGGUCCUGCCAUCCUUCAACAGCUGGGAAGUACAAACUGCUAAGCUGGUGACCAAACACCAGCAGUGCUUCUGCAUUUCCUCUUCUGAAGACCUUCUCAAGGUGCUAUCCCAGCCAUGGCAUAUGCUGGGAAUGUCCCCAGUGCACCAGAACUGGUUCACAAGCAGGAUGAACUGAUAGACUCAAAGUCAAAAGCCAAGUGAUGCAGGCGACUCUUCAGCAUUGUACAGAGGUGACUGCAGAGGGAAGAACUAACUGCAGCUCAAGAACUUAAAUUAAGUCUGACUCUGGUGCCCUCCACAAGGCUGAAAACCUGCUUUUCAGAACCUAUGUACACUGAAAAAAGGAGCAUUUUUUCUUCUCAAGAUAGACUUAUCCAUUGUCAUUGAGAAUGGAUCAGAGAGACAUCAAUAACCCCAAGAAAGUAUCUAACAUCUGGCAUCCAAGAAACACCUGAUUAUAGUGACUCCAUACUUAUCUUUUAGGAGAGAAAAUUAAAAUCACUGACUUUACAAGAAGCAUUUAACUCACUUGCUGGCAAUGGCCUGCAGUGUCAUAAAAUAGUCACAAAAUUAAGAACAGGCUUAAUUCACUGAGAAAAGCAGUUCCUACUUAUACCUGAGAUGGGAAUUCAGGCAUAUCCAAACAUGCAAUUCAGCUGCUCAUAGUAAAGCAGACAAACAGAGAACAAAGGGGGGUUUAAUUGAAAAGUAAGAUGUGAUGAUGUUGUGCCUAACUGCAAAGGUUGGCUUGCAAAGGUUGUGACCUUUUAUGUGUACAGGGAGAUAUUUUAACUUUGACUUCUGAAGUCAGCCACAUAUUUAUGUAUAAUAUUUAUAUUAAUAGCAGCUUUAAAAAUUAUUAAACUAAGUAACAAAUCGGUAA